UGCAUGACAUAUAUAGAUUCGGUACGUGACAAGAAGGAAAAGAAAAGGAGAUAUUAGUUCUAAUCCAUCGUAUUCUCUUUCUUCCUUUAGUUCUACAUAACAAUCCCUACAUUUUCGCAUCUAUAUUAUUCAAUAAUCAUAUUCUUUACUCAAAAUCAGUUAUUUAGAAAAAUAAUUACAUCAAAAUUUUCAGAUUCAUCUUUCUCUUCCCUCCUUCUAUACUUAUAAACAUUAUUCCUCUGCUUCAACUCUGUUUAUAUCUCAAACUUCAACAUGGGCUCUAAUGUCAAGUAUGAAGAGGAAUAUAUAGUAAAUAAUAACGGUUUAAUGCUGUUUACAUGUCGAUGGUUGCCUCAAGAUCAGGAUCCAAAAGCCCUUAUUUUUUUAUGCCAUGGCUAUGCCAUGGAAAGUAGUAUUUCCAUGAGAGGGACGGCGAAUCGGCUGGUAAAGGCCGGUUAUGGUGUUUAUGGGAUCGAUUAUAUUGGACAUGGAAAAUCAGAUGGACUUCCUGGUCUUGUUUCAAGCUUUGAAGAACUUGUUCAAGAUUGCUCAGAUCAUUUUACGAAAGUUUGUGAAAGAGAAGAGAACAAAGGGAAAAAGAGAUUUAUGAUGGGCGAAUCAAUGGGAGGAGCAGUUCUCUUGCUUUUGCACAGAAAGAUGCCCGACUUUUGGGACGGUGGCAUAUUGGUCGCACCCAUGUGUAAGAUUGCGGAUGACAUGAAACCAAAUCCAUAUGUGACAAAUUUUUUAACAAAACUUUCUGAUUUUGUGCCCACUUGGAAAAUUGUUCCUGGUCAAGAUGUCAUUGAGGUUGCAAUUAGAGAUCCAGAACGGAAAAAAGAGGCGAGGGCUAAUCCAUACUGGUACACUGGACGAUUACGCUUGAAAACCGCGCAUGAACUUUUGAAUGUCUCAAACGACCUCGAGAAAAGAUUAAACGAGGUGACAUUACCAUUCAUAGUGCUUCAUGGGGAAGAUGACAAAGUGACAGACCCAGAAGUAAGCAAACUACUAUACGAAUCUGCAGCAAGCUUCGACAAGACUUUCAAGUUAUAUCCAGGAAUGUGGCAUGCUUUAACCUUCGGAGAACUUCCAGAAAACAUCAAUACCGUGUUUAACGACAUUAUUGGGUGGUUGGAUGAGAGGACGCGAGGAAAUAACUCGAGGUUGGAGAGCAUAAACAAAUCUAGGGAGGACACAAAUGCUAACAUUACUGUGAAAUAGAACUCUAGUUCAGCAUUCUGCACUUACAGAUAAUUAAUAGAGAAAGCUUUGUGUACAGUUUUUUUUUUAAUUCUUGACAGCUCUUAUUUUUAAAGUUGUUCGUUUUUUUUUUUGUUUAAUAAGGUUGUUUACAUCAUUAUGUAUGCUUUGUGUUUGAAAAAUCUGAUUAGCAACACUAAUUAUUUGUUCCUUU